AUGGAGUCGGGGAGCUGUGUGAAGGAUUCUCUCUCUUUCUACGACACGAUAAACGAUCGAGCGCUCCUCUCGCCCACUGAACGUCAUCUUGCCACCUCGCUACACGGAUUUCCCGACCAACCGAGCGUGAUAGCUACUCUCACGUCCGAAAUGUCCGGAAAAAGUGGGGCCGAUGUCUGUGAUAGCGAGAGCCGAGAACGUCGCGUGGGACUGGUGUCCGAACUUCAGAAGAAACAGUUCGAGCGCUCCGGGGCUGCCGCCGUUCGCGAAGCCGAAAAGGUCGCCCUCCUGAGCGCCGCGAAACUCGUUGGCGAGGAGGCUGUGCGCAUCGGAUUGAAACGCGCCGCGGGAAAAGGCGCCGUGAAAGUCGCAGGGAAAGGAGUGGCCGUAGCAACGGUGAAGGGCGCCUCGAAGUUUGUUCCCGUCUUUGGCCCGCCGGCUGUGGGGUCGAUUUUCGCCGUAUAUCGACUGGUGAACGGGGAAUACGCAAAGGCAGGCGCGGAGCUGAUGUCCGGUGUCGUCGGCAGCGUUCCGGGCGUCGGUACUGCGGCUUCGUGGGCGCUGGACGCUGGCAUAGCGGGCUGGGACGUGUACGAUGCGUACAGCGAGGGAGCAACUGGGCUUUUCGACGCGAAUUCUCACGUGAAACUCGCCGAAUUACUCGUCGAGAUAGAGUCGUUGGUCGGGGACGGCGUUUUCUCUCUCGACGAUUUCGUUGAUCGGGUUUUCGAAGCGAUUGAUCCCAAAAUGAAGGCGUCAACAGACCCAGAAUACGUUGCGUACUACGUCUACGGGAUCUUCAAGGAUUUCUUCAGCGGCGGAUCAUUGACCGUUGAUGCGAGUAGAAUCCUAUCCGUAAUAAAGCAAAGAAACUACACCGGUGAACAGUUGACCAGUAUUACUACCUUAUUGAAAAGUCGCGGUAGCUAG